GASGAGGAGAAGAAGAAGAGGAAGAAGAAGAAGGAAUCACGCGUGCGGAAUAGUGUGUAAAACGCAUGUGUGCAUACGCUGGUUACGUGCGCGUCGCCGUGACGUCAGAGGGCACGCCGCCGCUUGUGCUCACGGGGGCAGGAGGAGACCGGGCUGCAGCUGACAUGUCUGAUGUAAUGUUGCCCGUCUGGUGAACUACGGAUGGCUGUGUGCGCCAGGCUCUGCGGAGUGGGGCAGUCGCGAAGGUGCCGGAGGCGACAGCGGCAGAACCAGCAGGGCCAGGGGAGCGAUUCCGACAUGGACGAGGAAGAAGGGGAGAGGAUCGUGGGCCAGCGGCAGGGAGACGUCUCCGGAGGCGGAGGCGCCACUGCAGGGCCGAGUGACGCCUGCGAAUAUGGCAGCGGUCGUGUCAACAGAGGAGGCUCCAGCACCGGACCCCUGCACCCGCAAUCUUUAGCAGAACUACCGCCGGAGCUGCUCGUGGAAAUAUUGUCCCUGCUCCCCGGAACAGCGCUGCCGAACGUGGCCCUCGUCUGCAAGACGUUCAGACAGAUCCUCAACACGGAGACCAUCUGGAGGAGGCGCUGCAUCGAAGAGUUUGAUAUGAAGGGGGAUCUGAGGAAGAUGGAGGUGGGAGGAGUAUCCAGCAGGGAUCUCUAUGUGAAACUGCUUCACCCUUACAGACACAUCUUGGGCUUAUGGCAGCCUGACAUCGGCCCUUAUGGUGGAUUGCUCAAUGUUGUGGUGGAUGGGCUGUCAAUCAUUGGCUGGAUGUAUUUGCCACCUCAUGACCCUCGCGUGGAGGAUCCCAUGAGAAGACGGCCACUGUUCCGUGUCCACAAGUGGGAAAGCAAUAAGGCCACAGUGGAGUGUAUGUACGGACACAAGGGUCCCCACAAAGGGGACAUACAGACAGUCAAGAAGGAUGAAUUUUCAACGAAAUGUAACCAGACGGAUCAUCACCGCAUGCCAGGAGGCAGACAGGAGGAGUUCAGGACAUGGUUGGAGGAAGAAUGGGGCCGGACGUUGGAAGAAAUCUUCCAUGAACACAUGCAGGAGCUUAUCCUGAUGAAGUUCAUUUAUACAAGUCAAUACGAUAACUGCUUGACGUACCGGAGGAUCUACCUUCCUCCAGAAAAGCCCUCCGACCUGCUGCAGCCAGGCCUCUUCAAAGGUACCUAUGGCAGUCACGGCUUGGAGAUUGUCAUGCUCAGUUUCCAUGGGACUUCUGCAAGAGCCACCAAACUCACUGGAGACCCCAACGUUCCUGCAGGGCAGCUCACGUUAGACGUUGACCUGAGCCGGCCCGUUGUCCUCCCAGACCUGGAGAACCAGCGCAAAAUAGAGAAACUGUCUCAUCUUGUAAUGGGGGUACACGAGGAGGUGCAGAGGGAAACAGAACAACAGGCUAAGGACAUCUCUCCCACGGUCAGUGGUGCAGCGGCAGAGGGGGCCUGUGGCGGUGCCAGUGCCGCGGAAGGGAUUGAGGUCGACCAUGGUGCCUGUUCAGACAGCUGCCAGCCUGGCCCCAGCAGCAGCACCAGUCCUCUAGAAGAUCAGCCUUUUGUCCUGCCCCUGGGUGUGAUGGCUCGCAACGAGGUGUACCCUCGUACCUGCAGAAAAUGCUUCUAUGGGACAGGCCUGAUCGCAGGGCACGGCUUUACGAGCCCAGAGCGCACACCGGGGCUCUUUGUGCUGUUUGAUGAGGACCGCUUCGGUUUCAUCUGGCUGGAGCUGAAGUCUUUCAGUCUGUACAGUCGCCUGACGGACCGUCUGGCCCACGCUCAUGCCCCGGACAUGGAGCGAUUUGAGGCCAUGCUGCACAACAUGCAGUCCUGGACAUCCUGAUGCACCAAGCUUUACUCUCCUCCCACAACACAAUGCAUUAACAACAAGUGUUGCACACAAAUCACCUCUGCUGACAAUAUUACUACCACGUUAGCUCAUGCCCUUAACUCUCCAGGAUAUUGUCUGUGUUUCACAAAAUAGUGUUUUACUGUCUAAUGAAGCUAGUUAUAUCACCCUGACCUAGCACACCACGUUUCUGUUCCCAUACGAGAACUUUGAAAGAUCUCUCAUGGCGACGUCAACACCUCACUUUUGUGUGACCUUAAUCCUCCGGUGCAGCAUGAAAACAGGUCACAGGUUUUUAAUUUAUUUAUUUAUUCCCUGCAGGAGAAAAAGAAAAAUUCUCACCACAUAUUAUGGCUCAAACUGUACGUGCCUCUAAAACCAUGUCUGUACUUAGUAGUGCUUGAAGAGGAUAAAGGUGUCCAAUGUAUUCUUAUCUACAUAUAUAAAUAUCGAUAUAUAUAUAUCGAUAUAUAUAUAUAUAGUCGUAUACUUUCAGUGCCCAUCAUAUUGACCUGCAUGCUGCAUUUGUUUUAGAUCUAAUCAUACCACACUCAUAAACAUUACCUGAACAUGAUGUUUUACAUUUGUGGAGCAGCAUGCCUUGUUUGUUUUGCGUUCAAAACAUCUGAAUUUAGAAAAAAAAAGCAUCUCAGGUGUUUUUGCCACAAGUCAGUUAAAAACAUGUGUAUUCUAAUGUAUUAAGUUACCUUCUUUGUUUUCAUUCGUCCAGUAGAAAGACUGAGGAACUUUACAACUGGGUAAUUUUCCUACCAUUGACUGGAAAGGACGUGCUGUCUUAUCGAACACUUUAGCUUCAGCAGCCAGUUUUGGACAGGCUGAUAUGUUUUCGUCCUUUGUACUUUAACAAUAUCUUUUUCAGCGAUAUGCUCCGGGUCAUGUUCCCACAUCAAACAUAGUAUUAAUGUCACCACACCUGACAAGAUAUUAUGUAGGUCUGAAAACUGAACUGCAAUACAACAAUAUAACUUAUUAAUAUACUGUGAAUUGAAUUACUUUCUAAAUUAUACAGUUCACGUGGUUAUAUAAUCGUGGUCUGAAACAGAAACAUAUUUUGCCUUUUUGAAAUGUAUUUAAGUUGUGGUUUGUUUUAAUUGGCUGACGUGUUGUUUGCCUGGCUUUAUGCCUGCAAAGAUAUUCCCUCCUCCCUUCCAACGUAUUUCAAACUUGAGACCAAGCUUGCUGAACAUUACCCAGACUAACGGCUCAAAGUGCAACUCAAAGUACCAAGUACCAAGUGUCGGUGUGUCUCAUUAUGGCCUGAAAGUAAUGCCCAGUAGCUUUCUUAUUCCAAGUGCACUUUUCUGGGCAAAAUUGUGAAUCAUUCAAAACCACUGGCCAGCACUUUUAUAUCAGACUGCAACUUUACUAAAUUUGCAAAAGAAAAAAGUUUACAUAAUAAUUUUGUCACAUUUUAUUGAUUUCCUCUGAACUGAAGUACUUAUUUUGAAUACAUUUCCGUGUCUGUAAGCCCUCUGCAACCAGCUACUUGAGUGAUUUGCCUUUGAAAAGUGUUGCUUUGUACUAUUUUCAAUGCCAUACGCCUGAUUUAGUGAAAAACAAACAUAAGAUUGACCUAUUGAACUGCUCACAUCAGACUUCAGGGAGCUUUCCAGCUUAAGCGCUCUUCUCAGUAAUAAAAAAACAAAAAAACUGA